GCYAACGUGUUGUCGAGCGCAUCGAUAAGUUCCCAGCGUGUUGUUGCAGCGUCAUCCUGUUUGAAUGAAGUUCAGACUGAGAACUAGCCAACUCUUCAUUCGCGCCCCAGUAGACUGACACGGGAAAAACAAUAUCAGAUACUCCAGGAAAACAAAGACUGCCAACCAUGCCGGUGUUUACAGUCAAUGUGAAAUGGGGCAAAGAGAAGUUUGAUGCAGUAGAGCUCAACACCGAGGAGCCACCCAUGGUUUUCAAGGCUCAACUCUUCGCCCUAACAGGAGUUCAGCCUGACAGACAGAAGGUCAUGGUGAAGGGAGGCACCCUGAAGGAUGACGAAUGGGGAAACAUUAAACUGAAAAAUGGAAUGACUCUGCUGAUGAUGGGCUCUGCAGAAGCCCUGCCUGAGGAGCCGGCGGUUCGGCCCAUGUUUGUAGAGGACAUGACUGAGGAGCAGCUGGCGUCAGCGAUGGAGCUUCCUUGUGGGCUGACAAACCUGGGUAACACCUGCUACAUGAACGCCACAGUGCAGUGUCUACGCUCGGUGCCAGAGCUCAAAACGGCUCUCAAGAGGUAUUCAGGUGCCCUGCGAUCUUCAGGAGCAAAUGCUCCAGCACAAUACAUCACAAGACUGCAGGAAGAAAUCACAAAAAUGUCUCCAACCUUGGACAGAAAUGCUUUGUAUAUCAAAUCUUCAAAACUUAGCCGUCUCCCUGCCUACUUAACUGUUCAAAUGGUCCGAUUUUUCUACAAGGAGAAGGAGUCUGUGAAUGCAAAAGUUCUAAAGGAUGUCAAGUUCCCCCUCAUGUUGGACGUGUACGAGCUCCUCACCCCGGAGCUCCAGGAGAAAAUGUUGCCAAUUAGGUCAAAGUUUAAAGAAAUGGAGGACAAGAAGCUGGAGAAACAACAGCAAAAGGUGUUGAAGAAGCCAGAUGCAUCAAAGGAAGUAAAACAUGAGCCUUUCUCUUUCCCAGACGACCUUGGCUCCAACAACAGCGGCUACUACGACCUGCAGGCUGUAUUGACUCACCAAGGUCGCUCCAGCUCAUCUGGCCACUAUGUGGGAUGGGUCAAGAGGAAAGAAGACGAGUGGGUCAAGUUUGACGACGACAAGGUGAGUGUGGUCUCACCGGAAGACAUCCUGCGGCUGUCUGGAGGCGGAGACUGGCAUAUAGCUUACGUUCUACUCUACGGGCCGCGUCGGCUGGAAAUACUUGAAGAGGAGCAGUAGUUGGAGGGAGGUUUCUUACAUCCACAUAUACAGAUUGCCAUUUCYGAGCACUGUCUGCAUAGAUGUGCAAUAAAACUGGUGUCUUUAAACAUUUUUUUUUUUUGUUUUGUAACCAACACUUAUGCUUGUAAAACAAAAUUUUGUUAAAUAUUCAUCCAUAGUGUGCUUUGAAUAUGGAGAUCUGAUGAAAGGCAAUCUCUGGACUGGAUCCUUUAGAUUUUAAAGUCUGGCUCUACAGUUUCAUUAAAUGUUUUAUACACAAUGYAUAUUUUUAAAGCCUUUCAGAAGGUGAUCAUAAGAGYAAAAAUAUUUCUUAUUCAUUUAACCACCAAGCUGUUGUCCUUGACAUUCUGGAUCGAGUUGUCGGAUGCAUAACAGAACUCUUGUUCACCUCUUGGGCCUUUGGGUUCAGUCUCAGGUCUUAAGUGCUCGGCUCGCAUCAUCUCCUGCGAUUGUUCUCAAUGUAUUGACAGAUGAGGCUCUGUCUGCCAAAUAUUCAUUAAUGCUGUUUUCAGGGAAGUGGUUUGGGGCAGGUUGGCCUCGUKGUGAACCGUGUGGAGGAGUUUGAACCAUGGUUUUUUUCAGUUGGCUUUGGUGACACUGACUUGAGACAAUGUAUGUAAAAUCCAAAAAACAUCCACUCUCUGUAAUAAGUUAUUAAUUGAUUGCUGGUGAAAAUAAACCGUUGAACCAAAA